AUGCGAGUUCUCAGAGCCUCCAAUUCGCUUCUACGGAGUGCCAAUGGCCUCAGACAAGCUUCACGAAGCCAGCAGACACCACUGGCAACUCGCCUGAUCGCAGCAUCAAGCGUCCCGACCGCGCGCCCCUUCUCCCACACCACGACCCUCCAAAAGAAGAAGAAGGCCCCGAGCUACCCGACCAAUGACUCUCCCGACGUCGUCUCCCGCACCUCCCACGCCGCGCCCGCCGAGCACGAGUCCGACCCGGACGACGUGCCGGGGUCGAAGCACCCGAAGCCAGACCCGACCGAACCCCUCAACUUCGCCGACGUCGCCUCGCGCUUCCAGAGCCUGGCAGCGUACCACACCGAGAUCCUCAAGAAGCUGCAAUCAGGCGACCGCUUCUCGCCGGACGCCAUCGGCGCCCUGACGAUCCAGCCCUCCAAGAAGGACCCGUCGACAUACCCGCUCCGCGAGCUCGCCGAGAUCGUGCCGCGUCCCGGCGGCCGCACCGUCUCCCUGUUGCUCCACGAGAAGGACUACGUCAAGCCCGUCAUGUCCGCGAUCCAGGCCUCGGCAGACUUCAACCAGCAGCCGCAGCGGGACCCGGACAACGAGCUCGAGCUGAUCCUCAAGGUGGAGCCCCAGAACAAGGACGUCGUCGUCCGCCGCGCAAAGGACGCCGCGCAGGCGUGGAGGGACAAGAUGCGCACCGCCACCGAGAAGCGCAAGAAGGUGCACGCAAAGUGGCAGAAGGACGGCAGCAUCGUGCCGGACCUCAAGAGGCGCGCCGACAAGGAGCUGCAGAAGUUGCAGGACAAGGAGAUGAAGGCUGUCGAGACGGCCGAGCAGCAGGCUGUCAGGAAGCUCCAAUAA